UCCAAAUCCAACUAUUGCCCCUCGUCUCAACACACUCUUUUGAUGAUCCGAAAGAGAACAAAUGAUAAUGUUAGCUCCAACCGCUUUCAACGCUCUAGCUUAUGGCAGAAAUGCACCAAUUUUCGUACUUUGAAGCAACUUCAUGCUUUUUUGGUCGUCAAUGGCUUUAAUUCAAGCCCCUCUGCCCUCAGAGAACUUAUUUUCCUCAGUGCUAUAGCUGUUUCUGGAACAAUGCACUAUGCCCAUCAAGUGUUUGCUCAAAUUACUGAACCGGAUAUCUUCAUGUGGAACACCAUGAUCAGGGGUUCGGCUCAGAGUCUGGCGCCUGCAAGCGCUGUUUCUCUUUACGCCCAGAUGGAAAAUCGUGGGGUUAAGCCUGAUAAAUUUACCUUCUCCUUUGUUCUCAAGGCAUGUACUAAACUUUCUUGGGUUAAGUUAGGAUUUGGGAUUCAUGGGAAGGUUGUGAAGUUUGGGUUUCAAUCCAAUACAUUUGUAAGGAAUACUCUUAUUUACUUUCAUGCUAACUGUGGCGAUUUGAGCACUGCAAGAGCACUUUUUGAUGCCUCUGCUAAAAGGGAUGUUGUGCCUUGGUCAGCUUUGACAGCAGGGUAUGCAAGAAGAGGGGAAUUGGAUGUUGCACGACAACUGUUUGAUGAAAUGCCAAUAAGAGACUUGGUCUCGUGGAAUGUGAUGAUAACGGCAUAUGCAAAGCUCGGGGCAAUGGAGAAGGCAAGGAAACUGUUUGAUGAAGCUCCGAACAAAGAUGUCGUCACGUGGAAUGCAAUGAUUGCCGGAUACGUUCUAUCGGGAUUGAACAGGGAAGCUCUGGAGAUGUUUGAUGCAAUGAGAGAUGUGGGACAAAGGCCAGACGAUGUGACAAUGUUGAGUAUCUUAUCUGCUACUGCUGAUUUGGGAGACUUGGAAGUUGGAAAGAAGAUAUACCGUUCCAUUUUCGAUAUGUAUUGUGGAGAUAUAAGUGUGCUUCUUGGUAAUGCACUUAUAGACAUGUAUGCCAAGUGUGGAAGCAUUGAGAAUGCUCUGGACGUGUUCCGAGCGAUGAGAGAUAAAGAUACCUCCUCAUGGAAUUCAAUAAUAGGAGGAUUGGCUUUUCAUGGACAUGCCAAGGAAUCCAUAAAUCUGUUUCAAGAAAUGCUCAGGUUGAAAAUCAGGCCAAAUGAGAUCACUUUUGUUGGUGUGUUGGUUGCUUGUAGUCAUGCAGGGAAAGUACAAGAAGGGCGUAUGUAUUUUAAUCUCAUGAGAGACUCGUAUAAAAUUGAGCCGAACAUCAAGCAUUACGGAUGUAUGGUUGACAUCUUGGGGCGAGCUGGGUUAUUGAUUGAAGCAUUUGAUUUUAUAGACACAAUGGAGAUUGAACCUAAUGCCAUCAUUUGGAGAACACUGCUAGGGGCUUGUAGAGUACAUGGAGAUGUCGAGUUGGGAAGGCGUGCCAACGAGCAAUUACUCAAAAUGAGGAAGGAUGAGAGUGGGGAUUAUGUACUCCUAUCUAACAUAUAUGCAUCAAAAGGUGAGUGGGAUGGUGUCGAGAAAGUACGAAAGUUGAUGGAUGAUGGUGGGGUGAAGAAGGAGGCAGGUCGUAGUAUGAUCGAUGCAGAUAAUAGCUUUCUAAUGAAUUUUUUGUUCGACUCAAAGCUAAAGUUCGUCAAAGAAAGUAGUUAACUUUGCGUUGCUAUGCUCUCAUCUUUCGUGUAUUUUCUCUCGGUCAUGAAGGACCGAAGGCACAAUGUGCAUUCUGUUCCAAUAGCCACAAGCUCUCAUGGCUUUUGCUUUUGGUUUCUCCAAAAGACUUCGUACCAAUGGAGAUGUAUUCCU